AUGGAUUAAUUUGCUAUUGGACUAUUUCCUCUGGUGUAUGCUGGCUAUGCGCAAAUGAAAAUCAAAGGAUACAAGUAAGUUAGAAAUAAACCAGAAACCAUUGCCUUAAAGGUCAAGAUUGGCUUUCAACUCCAAAUCGCCAUCGUUCAAAUCAUUGAAUUAUUUAUAGCACUCCUAAGCAAAGACUUACUAUCUGCUUUAUGUUGUCUCUUCUUAAUCAUUGGAUUAUUUUACUCAUUUGGAAUCACAGUAAUCUUUCAUCAAGAAUCACUCCUAAACUUCUUGCCCUUCAUUUUUCUAUUCAAUUUAAUUUGCAACGAAGCCAUUCUCAAAUUAUUUGACCUACUCAGCUUAGUGCUCUCAUCCCUCCUGGUGAUCUACUAACGAUACAGAGGAGAUGACCCAUUGGAAUACAACCCUUUUUGUGAAUUCUUCGAAUAAUAAGACAGUUUUGUAGCUUAGUACUUGAUCCUAUUGAAGUUUCAACCAAACACUUAUUUUGAAGAGAUCGAAUUACAUGAAUUGAAUGAAUCCACAGUCCAAGAUCCUCUGUUGGUGACUCAAUAAGUUUAAAAUCAUCAAUAGCUAUAAGGAUAAGGUCAUCAAUAACAACACCCUACUUCUUAAGUGGCUUAAUUCCUCAUUAAUCAAACGAGAUAAUCAAACAAAUUAGAUGUUAAAAAUCCUGAACCAGCCAUCAUGGACAUUGUAUUUUCUAAAGAUGAAGAUGACAUCUGGGAUAAGCAAAUUGAAGUUGUUGAUUCGCCAAAACACAAAAACAAACUAAAAGUUAGAUCAUCCUAAAUUAUUAUUGAAGAGAACUCCCAAUCAGAAGAAAUCUCCUACCCUUCAUUUAAGGAGGAUAUCCCAAAAACACACUUCGUUCGAAGAAGUCAAGCUUCUGAAAAGAGAUCCCUCUCUCAAAGAGAAAUUAAAUAAGAUCAUGAGCAAAAGUAAGAGCAACAAUAAGGGAUUCGUUCUGACGAUGAGAUUGAUAAAAUAAAUAAGGGAGGUACAAGGAACGUUGAAGAGGAUCAAUUGGAAGAGUUGAAAUGCUAUGAACAUUAAUCAUCCAACGAGAUCUAACCUGAAGUUCAAUAAUAAUAAUAAAUUGUUGAUAUCGAUAAAUUAGGUGGGAUUGAGAGUCCAUUAAAGUAAGAACCUAUUCCUUAAAUUCAAUAAAAAUUUCCAUUUGUUGAAGAUAAUGAAUAUCCUGAUAAAUUGAUUGUGAUUCCUUAGCAGAUUCAAUAAGAAUUAAACAAGAAAAAGUAACAGAAGAAAAAGAAAUAAAAAGAUGAAGGACUUAUUGCAAAGAGGAACAGAAUGAUUAAGAGAAUUAAAAGUUUCGAAGAAUUUUAAGAUAAAAAUGAUGACAACAAAUCCUAAAAUAGUGACUUAUAUGAUGACAAGAAAAGUGAUUAUGAAAGGUAUAAGGAUGAAUUGAGUUCAGCCAAUUUAUCCGAAGAUGAGAGUGAGAGUGGCGUUUAUGUUUAAUAGAAGAUGGAAAAGGUGUAAUUCAUUGUUGGAAGGCAAGUGGUUAAAAAAUUGAUUAACUAUUAACAUAAAACUCUGAUUCCCAUAACCAUAAAAGUGAAGAAUGAUCAAUGGGUCUAGAAUUGCCAAUAUGUAGAGUUAUAUCAAUUGGCAAAUGGACAUUUACCUAAACCAUCCUAUGGGGAUGCUGAACUUGAGAAGAAAUUGUUUUACAUUCAACAAUGGUUGGAUGGGAUGAGUUAGAAUCCCAUUCUGAUGAGGAAAGAAAUACUAGAGUUUUUCAAUGUUCCAGAAGCCAUUAUGAAUAAGUAUGGUUUGGUUAAGAAGAUAGAAGAGGAGACCAGAAUACAAAGACAUAGCAAUAAGUUCAUGAAUUCUAUUUAGAAGGAGUACUUUUUGUAGAUCAAAUAAAUCAAGGUGGAUUGCUUUAAUUCGGAAGUGUCAGAGGCAUUUGCACAAAUUGUUUACUAUAGUUUGAGAUUCACAAUUUAGACAGAGAAAAGAACAAUUGUGACAGAGUGCAAGAAGACAAUCGAGGAGAUAAAAGAGGCCACCAAGAUCAUAUAGUAGGAAAGAAACCUAAGGGUUUCAUUGUAGGAUCAUGAGACAGUAAAAAAGCAGAUGAAGGCAAUCGAUUAGUUUCUAUAGGAGUUAUUUAGCCACCAAUUUUAUUAUUGUGAUCAAUUAUUUGAACAAUUUGGACUAUUAUCACAAAUUAAAUGA